GGAGGAUAUGAUCGCAAAAAGCGACGGCAAAUUUUGACCCGCGGGUGCCUGAAAGUUGACCCAAUUCUCCGGUUGACAACACCCAUGUUACGACUACUGUUACGACCAGUCAUUAUCAGCUCUCAUGCUUCCGGAAGAUUGGGACGAAUUGAGGAAGGUCUUGUACGCAAAUAUAAUACAUGCUGCACGCAAUAGCACCUGACAGCUAAACUUCCAAACUAGCUCUUUCCACCCUGCGCUCCCUUUUCAACUCCAGACACUCCAUUGAAAUCUCUUAUCUUUCACCCGGCCGCUCUUUAUUCACUCAUCACAAACCAUGUUGACACUCACUAACAUCACUUGGCUGGACCUAUGUCUUGCCGGCGUCGGAGUGUAUCUGGUCAAGCAGGUACUCUCUCAGAAGAAUCCCGCACCAUACCCCCCUGGUCCCCCGGGGCGUCCUCUCGUCGGGAAUAUCCCAGACAUGCCUCAGGUCAAGCCUUGGCUCACCUUCACUGAGUGGGGCAAGAAAUAUGGCGACAUCUCACACGUAGAGGUUCUGGGUCAGCACAUCAUGGUCCUGAACUCUGUGAAGGCUGCGGUGGAAAUGCUGGACAAGAAGAGCUCUGUCUACUCUGAUCGUCCUAUCCUUCCUAUGGGUGGUGAACUUAUUGGCUGGAAGAACACUCUCGUUCUUCUCCCUUAUGGUGACCAUCUGCGCGAGUACCGCAAAAAUUUCCAUCGCGUCAUUGGCAGUCGUGCCUCCAUGGAUAUAUACCAUCCGAUCGAGGACAUUGAGACUCGCCGAUUCCUGAAGCGUGUACUUGCCAAACCUGACCAACUCCAAGCACACGUGCGACAUACCGCUGGCGCCAUCAUUCUCCGCAUCUCUCAUGGCUAUGAAGUCAAGGAGAACAACGACCCCUUGAUCGACCUUGCGGACGUUGCUGUCGACCAAUUCUCGAAAUCCACUGCCACUGGUGCCUGGAUGGUUGACAUCAUGCCAUCCUUGGCCAACGUGCCUGAGUGGUUCCCUGGUGCUGGCUUCAAGCGCACAGCACGUGAAUGGCGCGAGACCCUCGAAGAGAUGGUUGCUACACCCUACAAGUUCGUCAAGGAUCAGAUGGCUGCUGGUAUUGCCCCAAAAUCUUUCGCCUCGAAUCUGCUAGAAGGCCGUACUUUGUCUGCCGAAGAGGAUCACAUUGUGAAGUGGUCUGCUGCAUCCUUAUAUUCCGGUGGUGCCGAUACGACAGUUUCGGCAAUAUACUCCUUUUUCCUGGCCAUGACACUUUUCCCUGACGCGCAGAAGAAGGCUCAAGCUGAAAUCGAUGCCGUUGUUGGUCCUGAUCGUCUUCCCUCCUUUGGUGACCGUGACUCCCUUCCCUACACUGAGGCGCUUGCGAAGGAAGUCCUACGCUGGAACGCUGUCGUCCCUACCGCUGUUCCUCACCGUGUUACUGAAGACGACAUCCAUGAUGGGUACUACAUUCCCAAGGGCUCUUUGAUAAUGCCCAACAUUUGGUUCAUGCUCAAUGAUCCUCGGACAUAUGCCAACCCCUCGGAGUUCAACCCUGAACGCUUCUUGGCCAAAGAAGGAAAGGAGCCUGAGACCGAUCCUCGCACGAUCUGCUUUGGGUUUGGUAGACGUAUCUGCCCAGGUCUACACCUCGCUGAUGCGUCUGUCUGGAUGUCUGCUGCAAUGUCGCUUGCCGUUUUUGAUAUCUCCAAGGUUGUUGAGAAUGGUGUCGAGAUCACCCCUGAGGUUGACCCCUCGUCAGGUACAAUCAGCCACCCCAAGCCCUUCAAGUGCUCUAUUAAGCCCCGUUCUGCAAAAUCUCUCGUGCUCAUCCAGGAAGAUGUUUAGUACCUCGGGGAGUUGCUUGGAGAAAAUCACAGGGAUACGUCCGUUGCCUUGGGUGGCAACUCACUUGACAAUGCGCCAUACUUCGUAUCUCGCACUGCAAGAUGAUUGGUCGUGCAUCUCGAUUAUGAUAUAUUUAUUGCAUCUUACUUCAUCUUGUUGGAAUAAUUUACGAUGUGCGAAUGAUAUUACCGUGAAUCUUCCCCAGUUUAGAAGCGUGUGUCCGGAUGACAUGGUCAUCACCUUCGCUACAAUGUUCUGGUAAUGGAUAUGUGCUAGAAAUAAGGACUUGUAUCCUUGGCCUACCAACAGGUGCACACGGUCUGUCUAACAACUUGCUUGA